UAUGAUUCAAGAUCGGUCGUCAGUAAAAUAAACAGUUCUGUAUGGAUCUCAAAUCUGUGUGACUACUGGAUAAGAAAAAGCUCACAUUUUAGCACUUAAUAUUCGAUCGUCUUCACCUCCCGUGAACUUCAGUGAAUAAUCUACAAUCUCUAUCAUUUUCAGUGGAGCUGAUUUUUCCAACGGAUGGCUUGUUCUGGAACCGUGCGAACUUCUUCAUAGCUGAUUGGGCUUCAAGUUCGACUUUAGAGUUCAAAAUUCCAUCGAAAUUUCGCGAGCUUCGACAAUAUUACCGUUGUUGUCAUUCGGAAUUAUUGAUAACGAUAAAAACGUGAACGUUUGCUUGUAAAUAUUUGCGUUGGUUGGAGAUUAUUUCUGUGAGCAUCCGAGACACCCAACUGGACCCGUUCAGCGCUACUCAUUGAAAAACCUCGUCUACAAACCACAUCUUUAACUUGUUGAUAUGUGAACUGGACUAUUUAGUAUUUUAUUUGUUAGAGUGUAAGACGACUUUGCCCUAAGAAAAGUCCUUCCUAGUCUUUGCGAUAAAAUUAAUCCUAAGGAUCAAAUUCAGGAAAUAUGAAAUUCCUUGAGGGUUAAAAAUCGAAGGUACGAGAUGACCGAACGUCGAGAAUCAGAUGGAAGGCUCUCUCAUCGGACUGCUGCCCCAAAAGCUCCUCCGAAAGUCUUAAAGUAUGAUCCAAUCGAUAUGGAGAUCCGAGGUGAAGAAGCUCCUGGGAGCUUUGGAGAUAUUCACAGAAAAGCUCUUGCAAAGAAAUCACGAGACUCCAAUGAGCCUCAGGCAUUAGUUUUACGUCAUCUUGAAGAACGAGUCGAUCCUGAAAAAGGGUUGGUAAAUGUGCCAGUUAAGAGUUACGAUGAAGAAAAAGUUUCCCUGGCUCGUGCAGGCGAAACAAUCUUGGAAACAUUCUAUGGCAUGUUUUAUGCUUGUGAUGAUGAGACGAAGGAGUGGAAAUUAGCUGUAGAUGGUUUCAUCCCUCUUUGUUUUAUACAAGAACGUGGAAAUGCUAACAAACCUUUUAAGAUUAUUGCUGUUAGUGGGUCAGUAAGGUUAAUGGAAUUUUCAGUUACCAAGGAUACCAAAUGUGCACAGAAUAAGGCAUUUGUGAAGUGGAAUGAAAGCAUUAGUAAUAUGUUUGGUGUACGGUUUGCAAAGGAAAGCCAAGCCAACCAGUUUUAUAUAGCUUUGUGCAGAAUGAAAUCAACUCUUAUUAAGACGGCAGAGCUUUUCAAGCAGCCAGAGAGAAAAGCAAUGGUGUCUCAGAUAAGCGAUCCUAAAGUCUCUAGUGUCCCACAUUCAAAAACCUCACUGAUUGUUAAGCUGCCAAACAAGGAAACUACAGUGAUGUCUGUACCAGGAUUACUCACAAUGAGUGAGCUGUUUGACUUAAUUUGCAAAAAAGAGAGCCUGAACCCUCAAGAGCAUCAACUUUCAUUACCAAGAAUUGGAAACAAAGAGUUGACAUACGAGUCUGAUACAGUUCUGGGAUCAUUAAAGAUCAGGGAAGUGUCAAUCAUCUAUGUGGGAGUGGCUUCUGAUAAUGGUGAAGCCAGUGGAGGAACAAGUCCAGUCAAGGUUGAAAGUCUUCUUGAAGAUGAAAAUAAGAAGGGCAAACAGUUAGACAUCAUUUUACCAAAUGGUCAACAGAGAUCUUUACUAGUACCUCUCAACAUGCCAGUCAGGAAUCUGGAAACGUAUGUCUGUAAAAAGGAGAACUUGAACCCCAGACACCACUCUUUGCAAUCCAAUGACUUCAAGCAUCAGUGUUUUGAUGCUGGUAGUGCUGUUGGUGAUAUUGAAUUCACUGAACUAAGACUUCUGGAUAAAAGAGGUCAUAGCUCUAGAAGUAAACUAACCAAGAUUUCAUCAAGUGAUGACUCCUGUGUCGGUAAUUCUAGUAGUGCUAAUCUUUUUGCUGGGUUAAGAGCUAAUCGAUUGUAUUCUAGUCAGGAAUCGUUAGAUUUAGAAGGAAGAAACGCAACACGGAAGGACAGCAAGACUUCAAGUAAUUCCGACGAACUGACAUCCAUUAGCGAGAGAAGUGUGAAACCACCAGUCCCACCUCAACCAUACAUGUCUCGAUCCAACGCAUCGACCAAAUCGAACCAUGAACUACGAGUCAACGAACUGAAGUCCAGCCAAUCUUUCUCUGAAUAUAAAGGAAAGCGAACCAACCCGGCUGUGAGGGAGCUGAGCCUGAGGGAAGCUGGGAAGCCCAAGCGAAAAGCACCACCACCACCACGACCACCACGACCACCACAGCCUUCAGCAAGACCAACUAAAAAAGAGAUUGACCAAAGCCAACCGCCUGUUCUCCCUGCUACGGAGAAAGUUGCUGCCGUGGGGUCAUCUUCUAGUACACCACAGGGAUCCCCUAGACUAUCGCCUCAUCAAAGACAUGUUAAGAAAAGGCCGGCCCCUGCACGACCACCAGCUCCAAAGCCACCAUCUCGCCAAAGGUCUGAAAGCAACCUUUCUGUAGAAGAUACAGGAGCUGAAGGCACCAAAACCAAUGAUAGACCUCCUCCGGUCUUCUGCCCCCCUCCCCCUCCUGAUGAUGAACCGCCGCCCCUUGAUGAAUGUGAGCACCCUGUCAGCCCUCUUAGUGAUGAUGAUCUUCAUGAAACAACAUGGUCUUCCACCUUUGAAAGUCCUGAUGUGAAUGGUUAUCCUGAGGAGUUGGAGCAUUCAUCAUCCAUCGAGACAGGAGCCAGAGAACGACCAGUCGUUGCUACUCGACGGGUGAAACCAGAAAGACCAAAACAACCUGAACGACCAUUACCACCACUCCGCCCGUCUUCAUUACCUUCAACUCCCACGAGCCCUGACCCUCCUGAGCGCACAGUCACCUCGCCUGAAUCUAUACCAUUGAAGUUUCUCAUCCCAACACCAGAAAAACGUCCAGAUAGCGCUGCAGAUGAGCAAGAAGACGAACACGAUGAAGAGUUGUCAAGAAUAUGUUUUGACAAUGACAGUCGAAGCUCUAGUGUUGAUAUAUCAUCAUUUCCCGAGAGUGACAUGCCAUUGUUAUCCCCUGUAGAAAGAUACAAACCAUUCCCUGUCGGGCCUCCUAUGGAGUUUGCUGAGAAGGAUACUAUUACUGUUACUAACACAAGAACAUUAGAGUCAGCACCUGAAGAACCGACUCUUCCUCCUCCUUUAGGGUUCUCUAAAUCAGAGUCAGUAGAGCUGACAACAAAUCUUUCCAUCAGUAAUGACUCUGGUAACGUGGAGUAUUCUGGUAAUGAAAGUGAUGCCACCUUUGAGGAUAUGGUAGUACCCCCACCACCAGUCCUGACAGACGAGGAAUUACCACAAAAUGACGAGGAAAAACCAGAUUCUCUUUCGCAAAUAGAUGUAUUAAACCCUAUCCCUCCUCCCAUGGACUUUGCGCCUCCUCCAAGUGAGUUUGCGAAUCCUCCUGCUGAAUUCGCUGAUAGUGAAGCUAUGAGUCCACAACCACAGAAGAAGAAACUGGGGCUGAAUUCCUCAUCGUUUCCUUGGCUUGCGGAACCUCAGCCGUCAUUUAAGGCAGAAAUUAAAGAUACACAGCCUGAUGUCCAAGAAGAGGGAACGAAGAGCCCUGUAGGUCUAGUACCAACAGAGUUUAGGGAUGAACAAACCCUUGAGAAGUCUUUUUCUGAUGAGGUUGAGAAAACCUCUUCUGAUCUGAAAAUAGAAGAUCAGAUGGAAUAUGAGUCUUCGCUUGCAUUUGAAGUACCGGAGCCAUUUAUCCCAGACAGUCAAGAAACUCUGGAAAGCGAACAAUUCAAAAUAAGUAAUUUAGAUAGUAACAAGAAAGACCUAUCAGAUGAGGUCACGUAUAAAACUCCAUUUGAUGACAUGGAAGAUGUAAGCCAUGCUGCUGAAGAGCCAGAUGAAGGAUUCGAUGACCUGCCUGAUCCAGUAUUUGAAGCAUCUGUAAGUAAUAACGUACAAGAAUCUAAAGAUUCGGACGAUCAUAAUAAGGAUGUUGGUCAAUAUAGGCUGGACUUAUCAGAAACUGCAGAUUUGUCCCCACCCACUCCUCCCUUAACGUCUCCACCUGGAUCAGGGUGUGUGUCGCCAACUCUUCCAUCUCCACUCUGUUCUCCAAGAGAAGAUACUCCCCCAGUUCCACCCGCUCCUGCAGAGGUUAUUCCUGCUAAAACAGAAAAAGAACCUAGAGAGAAAAUAACCAACAAUGUCAUAUCUUCAUCGAAUUAUUCUUCAUCAAAUGCCAUGUGCAGUUCAGAGCCGAUAGAACUGCCCAACCCUCCACCGAUUACUGUACCACCUCUAAGGCGUUACUCGGAUCUUGCGGCUGACAUCUCGUUUCCUACGUCUGGGAUCCAGACGGAUUCACACGAGCCACCUCCGAAAGAAAGCGAAAAAAACAUUUCAAGUUCUUCAAAUAAAGAGGAAAGUUCACAGGUGAAGCAGCCUGAGCCUCAGGCACCGUCUGUAUACAAGAGACCGACUCCCGGCGCGUUUAAGACACAAAGCUGGGCGGACAUUAAAAAUCGGGAGAAGGAAUUGGAAGAACAAAGAAAAAAGGAGAAAGAACAACGGCAGUCGAACACCAGAGAAUCUCCGCCAGCAUCACUAGUGUUCCGCAACCUGAACCGUAGUAGUGCUAAUGCCAUUCGACCCAAGAGCUGGGUCGCACCUAGCUCAAAAAGCUUCAACCCUAUACUACCGUCCAUGUAUAAACCACCUGAGAGCACGAAACAGGCCGACAACGUAACAGAUGCAAAAAUUGAUACCUCUAGAUCCACUGAUUCUGAAAAAGGAUUAUCAAGUGACCCAUCACCGAAGACACCAGAAACGACUGCAUCGUGCGAUGAGAAGAACAAAGCAUUUAAAAAGGAUGCCGUUGAACACAAACCAGUCAGUAUUGUACCCAUGUCAGGUGCUAAGGACAUUAACGCAGUUGGGCAAUCAAAAGACAGACCAAUCAAUAUCGUACCGAUGCCAUCUACCUUUGACACCAAAACCGUUGAGCAAUCAAAAGACAAGCCAAUCAAUAUCGUACCCAUGUCAGAUGCUAAGGACACUAACGCAGUUGGGCAAACAAAAGACAAGCCAAUCAAUAUCGUACCCAUGUCAGAUGCUAAGGACACUAACGCAGUUGGGCAAUCAAAAGGCAAGCCAAUCAAUAUCGUACCUAUGUCAUCUGCUAAAGAAACUAAACCUGAUGAACCUGCAAAACAAGUCAACAUCGUACCGCUUUCAUCUACAUCAGAAGCUAAACCCGAGCCUGCAAAACACAGGCCAGUCAACAUCAUACCCCUUUCGUCUGCAUCAGAAGCUAAACCAGAGCCUGCAAAACACAGGCCAAUCAACAUCAUACACAUGUCUUCUACUAUGGACACCGAAAACGACGCUAAAGAGGACAAGGACAGUACCAGUUCUUCGCAGAGUACAACAAAAGUGGUGAUGAGAAAGAAAGCUGACAAACCCGAUUUGGGAGAAAAAAGAAAAUCUAUUCAAGAUAUGAUGUCAAUGUUUGGUGAUUCGAAAGACUCAAAACGUAUGAGCGAUGAUGUCACUCCCCAGCGAAGUCCAGCCAUGAGAUCACUCGAGGAGAAAGUCAUCGGCAGAUCUAGUAAACAAUAUGGCAUCUCGUCCCUUGUGGAUACUCUGUCCUCGAAACCAGGGGAAAAAGAUUCAAAGAAGGAGUCCAAAGCAGAAGAUAGUUCAGUAAAGUCCGCUCAGGACACUAAAGUCAAAGGCGCGGAAGGAAGGAAUGCACAACGUGUAUACAAGAUAAUCUUAGCUAACGAUGAGGUAGCCUCUUCUUCCUCUGGAAAAAAGGAAGAAACGAAAAAAGAGGAAACAAAAAAGGGAGUUCCCAAGGUCAAUGACUCGAGACCAAGAUCUAAUUCCCUUAACCCACGAGACAAAUACAAUGUAUUGUUUCCUAAAGAUGAAUCUAAAGAAACCAGUAAAUCAUCGUCUUCGAGUCAAGAGAAAAAAAAUAAAAAAUCAACCAGCCCUGCUUCUUCGUCUUCUCAGACUUCCACGAGUGAAGCUUCCGUAGAGGCGAAAAAAGAAGAAGCAAAAAGUGCCGAGCCUGUUGUCUCUUUACGAGAAAAAGAAGCAACUAAACCAAUAGACCCCUUCAAAAGACGAUCCAUGCCUGUUUAUGUCGUGGAGAACAAUGAACGACCUCAACCCCAGACAGGGAGUAAACUUCAGAUUCUGAUGGCGCAUCAAAUCACUGAUGUCGGCGUGGUACCGAGGGGUCGAGUGGCUGCGAUGAAAGCUGCAUGGAAAAAAGAAGGAAAUUAGAUACCAAAUGUGACAAACUACACUACAUUGGCAAAACAGAGAAGAAAACUUCAAUUCAAGUUUAUCGAACGCCAUUUACAUUUACAAAUCCACUGUAUUUCAUGUGCCUGCACUUGUUUGGUCACGUGAGUGACAUUACGUCAUGGGAAUACUGACAUAGAUCACGUGUUGUCUAGUUGCCAUAGAAAACCCACUGUAUUGCAUGUGCCUGCACUUGUUUGGUCACGUGAGUGACAUAACGUCAUGGAAAUACUGACAUAGAUCACGUGUUGUCUAGUUGCCAUAGAAAACCCAAUGUAUUUCAUGUGCCUGCACUUGUUUGGUCACGAGUGACAUUACGUCAUGGGGAUACUGACACAGAUCAGAUGAUGUCUAGUUGCCAUAGCAAUUAGUGUUUGAUACGAGAUAUUUUGCUCGGUAUGCGCUAUUUUCAUAUUGUAUAGUGAAUUCUCACAAAUUUAUAGAACCUAGAUUGGUUUAUUGCAUUAAAAGAAUUAAAAAUAAAUUCAAUCAAUACGAAAUUGAUAAUUUUUUGCUAGAAAACAUCACAAAUAUUAUCAAUCGAUGCAGCUUGUAAUAAAGAAUAAAACAAAGCACCAAAAAUAAAGAUAUGAUUUUUUCCUUGUUUUUUUGUUACAGUGUAGAUUCUGGUAUUGAAUAACGUUUUUAAUCAUAGGUAGCCCAAGCUAGGUUUCUGUUGUGUCAUGUCAUAAGGAAACGUAUGGCGAUUCUUACAAAGUUCAAUAAAAUCGUCAUAAUGUGAAAUCAAGUAAAGAAAUCUUAGCUGACCUCCAUAAAAAGAAGUCUCUUUUUCGCCCUGUGUACGGUACUUAGAUUUUGAAUUUAACAGUGGAGGAAAAAAACGUAAAAACUGAUUAAAUCCAAUAUCUAAGUACACAUAGGGCGAAAAAGAUACUACUGUACUUUUAAAAGGUCAGCUAUAAAGACCACUUUACUUUGUUUCUCAUUUUUACGAUUUUCAGCUAAUACAACCCCAAGAUCCUGAUAAUAAUCUCAAGUAUAGUAAAAUACAACACACAAAUAGACAUUAGCAAAUAAAUUUAGUGGACAGUAGAGACGGAUAGAUAUUAGCCGUUCCGAAGUUGAGAAAAAACAGGGUCGAGAUGGCAUUACAGUGCAUUGUGGGACGGUUUUAGGGGACAACUGCCCAUAGACGCCAUCUUAGAAAUAUGUCUCCUAAAACAUAAUUCACUUAUGGAGCUGACCAACUUGACCCAAACGUUUCCUCAUCGUCGGAACGGUUUAAAUAGGAAUUAAUAUAAGUCCUCCAGCAAAUAAUAUCAAAUUUCUAUUGAUUUAUUUUACGAUCUGAAUUCAGAUUAAAAGCGAAGUAAAUUUG